CACCACGAAGAUGGCCACAUCUGUGAGCGCGAACGAGGCCGCUAACGCACUCCGCAGGCUCAAGCAGCGUCCGCAGACGAAGGUCGCAUCUACCGGGAGAGGAACAGCACAGUCUUGCGUCGUGCGGGACACCAACAAGCGUCCGCGAGUGGCGUCUUCGGUGGGCAAAGAGACGCAACACAAGAAGAAGACGGAGACGGUGCUAGCGUCCGGACCAGCUGCCUUCUCGCCAGGACAAAUAGCUUACGGACUGGAACAGUGGCAGAUUGGAGAAGAGAAAGCUCAGUUCCCGAUUACCGGCGUCGAACUUGAGAUUGAAGACGAAGGUGGCGGCCUAGACAUCACAGCGGACCUCGCAGUUAUUGGCCGCAGGAACGAGCAGCUGCAGCUCAGCGUAGCGUCACUCAAGCACAGGUUCUCUAUGCGAGAGGAAGAAACACACCAGUUGCUGCUGGGACUGGGCGCGUUGAAUGCAGUAGCUAAUGAACUGGCGACUCUGCAGAAGGAGUAUCAGGAGCGAUCGUCGAAGAAUGCAGCGCUGAUUCAGGAGUCGUUGACCCAGAUCUCCAACUGCUCGGCCCAGGUGGACACUCUGAAGCGCUGUCGAGGACUGACGGCCUCUCAGCUGCAGAAUUUCAGACACGAGUGCAUUCAGGAGAUGAAUAAAUUGGUGACAAGACUCGGAGACCUCGCGAGCGCCACAGACCAAGAACCAGAACCUUUCGACGUGUCGAUGGGUGAGAAGCGGCAACAGAUCGAUGAGUUAAAGGAGGCAGUGUGUGGCUACCGAGCACAGGUGAGUCACGACGGCUCAGUCGCGUCAGCUCCGUCGUCCAGUAGCACAGUAGGACGUGUGCAAGUGGAGACGACGGCGCGGAUAAACCUAGCACUAGCGCAACUGGACGACCUGCACGCCGAGAUGUUCCAGCUUAAGCAGGCGUUAAUGCAGGAGAACCAGUCGCUCCGGCGGCAACUUGAGAAUCUCGUAUCGAGGCAAAUGGCUCAAGUCCGAGAGGUGCAGGACAAUGAAGCCGAGCGGAUUACCGAGGAAAUGGACGAGAUCAGGUCGGGCAUGUGUGGGAUUCUUAGAGACAUGCACAGACUCAAGGAACGCACGAAGUAUUUGGUGCCCAGUAUGGCGCGUGUGGGCCCUAGAUUGUCUCGAAGUAAUCCAAUAGGACCCGUGCCACUUGAACCCAGGGCGGUUGGCGCUCACAAGGACGACCGGUGGAUGAACAUUCCUUCUGCAAACCCUCGCAAGACUGGCUACUCGAUGACUAUGGCUACACGGCAGUGUCACGAUGAAUUACCUCAUUACGAGCAUGGGUUUGAUAACGAUAGCUACUGUCCUGGAGUGAUACAAGGCCAAAUGGCACGCCCAGGCCGCCCUCGCAGCGCCGGAUCUAGCAACUCAAGCGCAGGUCAUUCAGACGACGAGAACUGGCGGAUGUUUUCAGCUGAAGACGCUCCAGCGGCGGACCAGCGUCUGAUUCAGCCGUGCGAAAGCCCACACUACUCGUCGUGUUCGUCGAGCCUGUAUGGCCGUCUCAGCGUCUACGGAGAGGAGCAUGAGGACCAGAACAAUUCCAACGCAGAGCAACUGGAGCGGCGACUUCUGGAACAGCAUCGACUAUUCUGGAUUGGCGAAGGUGCUGGGUAG